CUAUUUUUAACUAAGACUAAAUUAUAGUGUUUGGUAAGAUCAAUUUUAAAUUGUGUUAAAUUAAUACAUUUUUAAAUGUGCACAAAUAAUGUUUAAAUAUUAAUUUUUAUGAUGUUUUUAUCUAAAUUAUUUAAUAAUAUGAAUUGCACUUCAAGUAAUUCAUGUAUAGAAGUUCAUCCGUUAACUAAUGAUCCAACAAGCGUAUGGGAUAUUAUUAAAAAGUCUCAAAAAGUCUUAAAAAUACAGCCUCCUUUACCCAAAGGACCAGUAGGAGUUAAUAAAGUAUGUUAUCAUUUACACCGUUUUUGAAUGUACAGUAUUUAGGUAGUUAUUUUUUUUAUCAUUAGGUAAGAGUUGUAUGUAUGAGCGAUACUCAUUCAAAAACCCAUUUAAUGAAACAUGAAGUUCCAUUUGGAGACAUUUUUAUUCAUGCUGGCGAUUUUACCAAGUGUGGAGAAAUGGAAGAAGUUAAACAGUUUAAUGAAUGGCUUGGUCUGUUACCUCAUGCAUACAAAAUAGUAAUUGCUGGUAAUCAUGAACUAAGUUUUGAUCCUAAAUUCACUUAUGAUGGAAAUGAAAUUUCAUCCUUUGGAUAUGAAAAUGAUUUAAUUAGCAAUAUUAUGGAACAGAAAGACAAUAAAAAAUAUUUAACCAACUGUAUUUAUUUGGAGGAUUCUAUGAUUGAAUGUUAUGGUCUCAAGAUUUAUGGUUCUCCGUGGUAAGAAUAAAACAUACCUAUUUUAAUAAUUUGUUGAAGUUGUCCAAUUAUAUUUAUCAAUUCUUAAUAUAUAGGCAACCAGUAUAUGGUGGCUGGGCUUUUAACAUUCCUCGGGGUCAACCAUGCCUGGAUAAAUGGAAUCAAAUACCUGAUGGUAUUGAUAUACUUGUAACCCAUUCUCCACCAUUAGGUCAUGGAGAUCAUUGUUACUCUGGUGUUAGAGCAGGAUGUGUAGAGCUUCUCUCUACUGUUCAAAACAGAGUAAAACCAAAAUAUCAUAUUUUUGGACAUGUACAUGAAGGUAUUAUUAAUUUACUAUUAUACGUUUUAGAUUGUUACAUUUUUAUAACAGUUUAAAUAUAAAUAACAUAUUUUUCCUUAUUAAUUUAACUGCAGUAAAUAUAAUAUAAUGAUAUAGAAUGAAAUAAUAAUAAAUAUAUAAUUAUGUAGACAAUUGCAUAGUUACAAUUGUAUAUAAAUAACUUCAUUUGAAAAUAAACAGACUGCUAACUUUAUUAGUUUUCGAUACAGUUUUCAUUAGUCAAUAUGUUUAUCAGUAUACAUUAUCUAUAAAAACUGGUUUUUAAGUAGAACAAAAAAAAAACUGCUUAAAAUAAAAGAUAAAUAAAUUCAUGUUAGUUCAAUAAUCAAGAUUAUUAUUUAUGAAUAUAAUAGUUAUAAUAGUUUAUUGUAAUAGGUAAUGUAACACAGCCACACAGGACUGACAUAUUUUCGUGAUUCUUGUAAAUUUUUGGUAAGAAUUUUGAUGUGGUUCUGCGUGUGCUAAACCAUAGUCCGAUAACUACUUACUCUCGUACUUUUGAGAAACGGCUGACUGAGGGUGUAUUUAAAAAUAAUUUAUGGAUAUAUAUGUAUCAAAAAAAGGUUAAAUAAACCUCUAAAAAUGUUUCUUGCUAGAUACGCUCAAAAUGACAUUCCACAUACUAUACUUUAAACUACCUAACCACCGUUCUACACCAAGAUGUAGGUAAAAUGGUGUAAAUGUAUAGACUUAGUUCAAAAGUAAAUCGUAACAUAACGUUAUAAGGCUCAGCGGAUAAUAUCCGCUAUGAAAGUAUACAUUAUAAAUUUGACUACCAGUCUACUCUUUUUUGAGACAGACUACACAAUAAAAUAAUAAUUGUGUAUUAUUAUUUUUUUUUUUUUAUGGUUCAUAGUGACAAUAAAUUAAAGUUUCGCGUAUUUUUUUUAAGUACAAAUUUUUAGUUAGCGUAUAUCCAUAUUCAACAAAUUUACAUAUAGGUAUAUUCAUAAUCCCACUUUGUAUAUCUUUUCUCUUCGUGCACUUUGACGUCUUGCAGAUAGUCAUUGGUUUUCCACUGAAUUUUGGAGUUUUAUGGUCUCCUCUAAGACUAUUCUUUUUGGUAUUAUACAUUUAUAUUUUCAUAUUUUAAUUAAAUUGAGACAAAUAUUAGUAUUCAGAUAAUAAUGAUCAUUUUCAUAUAUAUAUUUUAAAGAAUAUCUUUAGUGUUUAUUAUAAUAAUUUAGAACUAUCAAAUUUUUACAGUCAUUAGUUUAUCACUAACAAAUUAUUAGUUAUGAUAAAUAAUUGAAAUAUAUUGACUUUUUAGAUUAUGGAAUCACGACUGACGGACAAAUUGUAUACAUAAAUGCAUCAACUUGUAAUUUACAAUAUUUACCAAAUAAUCAACCAAUAAUUUUUGAUAUACCAUUGCCAAAAGGUUUUACUAAAACUUCUCCAUAACUAUAUAAUUAAUUUAUACAAUUUUAUAAUAGUAUACUUGUAUAUUUUAUUUUUAUAUUACUUACCAUUUUUUUGUUAAUAUUUAUUAUUUAAAUUUUUUAAUAUUGUAUUUAAAAACAUAUUAUUUCUUUUAAAAAUAAAACUAAUUUUUAAAACCUAGAAUACAUAGAUUAUUAAAUUUUAAAUUAUUAUACAAAUAUAUAGCUUACUAUUGUUUUCAAAUCAUUUAUCUUUUGGAACGAAAGGAAAAUAAUUAGUUUAGAUAUUAAUUUUUUUUUUUUUUUUGUGAAUUUAUUACUAUAGAUACAAAAACUGUGUAUAAAAUGACUUCUUAGUUGUUUUAUUAUAUAUUUUUUUAAUGCCUUGGAGAAUUUUUUUUUUUAACAACCAUAAAGUCUUUAUAACAAUGUUUAUAUUUUACAUAUUGUAACACUGCAUUUUUAAAAAAAUUUGUAUAAGAUAAUGUUUUAUAUGAAAAAAAAAAAUUUCAAUGUAUAUUAACAUUGCAUAAUUUACAUAUUAGGUGUAAUGAAUCCAAUUAAUAUUAACAUAAAUAAGAUUUAAUACAAUUUAUAACUUCCAGUAAAUUUUUACAAUUUUUUUUUUGUGAAGAUUUAACCAUGCAUCUACCUAAAAAUAGAUUAUUUAUUUAAUGGAGUAGUGUUCUAUAUUUAUAAACUUGAGAUAAGAAAAUAAUAAAAAGGAUUAAAAAUAUUUAAAUAAAAUCCUGAACAAAUUCUAUAAAACUAUUUUUAUGUCACAGUUUACUAACAUUGUAUUAAAAGGUUUUAAUAAUAUGUAAAUUAUUGUUAAUACAAGAAAAUUAUAAUAUAAAAUAUAAAUAUAUUAUUAUAUUUUAAUAAUACAAUUCAAUAAUUAUUUUAAGACUAGAUUGUGUUUUAAAAAAAAA